AUGGAAUUGAUUAGUAUAGACAAUGAGACUGUCAUCACAGACUUUGUUCUCCUGGGACUCUGGCCUGAGUUCAGUCACCUGGUCAUCCUCAUCUGCAUCAUUCUUCUGAUCUAUUUUGUGGCUGUGAUGGGCAACACGGUUCUCAUUCUCCUCAUCUGGUUGGAUUCUCGGCUCCACUCGCCCAUGUACUUCCUGCUCAGCCAGCUCUCUCUUAUUGACUUGGCCUUGAUCUCUACUUCUGUCCCCAAAAUGGUCACAAACUUCUUUUCAGGAAAGAGAACCAUAUCACAGGUUGGCUGUGGAAUCCAGAUCUUCUUUAGUUUAACCCUUGGGAUUGCUGAGUGCCUUCUGCUGACCCUCAUGUCCUAUGACCGCUACAUUGCCAUCUGUAACCCACUGCGGUAUUCCGUCAUCAUGAGUCACACCAUCUGUAUACAGAUGGUUAUUGGGUCCUGGGUGGGAGGAGCAGUAACUUCGCUGGUUCAUACAGCCUAUGCUAUGCACUUCCCCAUCUGUCGUCCCCGAGAGAUUCCUCACUUUUUAUGUGAGGUCAUGGCCCUCUUGAAGCUCACCUGUGAAGAUAUUUCAGCCUAUGUAAAGUCAGUGGUGGUGUCAAGCUUUCUGGUGGUCCUCAUUCCCCUCAGUCUCAUCCUGACCUCUUACAGCCUCAUCUUCCAUGCUGUUGUCCGUAUGAACUCCCCAGAGGGUAGAAACAAAGCUCUGGCGACCUGCUCCUCUCACCUCUGUGUGGUGAGCCUCUACUUUGGCCCUGCUAUACUGGUCUACAUGAGGCCUGGGUCCUCUAAAACCCCCAAGUUAAACCAGUCUCUGUUUAUGUUUAAUGCAAUCCUUACCCCUAUGCUUAACCCUCUCAUCUAUAGCCUGAGAAACAAGGAUGUCAUAGCAGCUGUGAAGAGUGUAAUUAUCAGUAGAUGUCCUCUGGGAAAAAUAAAAAGUUAUACCUGA